UCCUCCCCGCGGGAAAGCCGACCAUACAAAACUCCUCCCUCUCUCUCCUCCGUUCCAACCGCCUUGCCGCGCGCUCCCCUCCCCCGCCUCCCAUGACGCAUUCCCCGAGCCCCAACCCGCGAUCGCGGCCGCGGUGGCGAUCGCGGUCGCGGUCGUGCUCCGACACGCCCUCCAUGAUGUCGUCGCUCUGGUCGUCCUCGUCGUUGUCGCCGACGCCCGCGGAGCGGGACCGGGAACGGGAGGAGCCGCGCUCGCCCACACCCCAGCCGCCACCGCCGCCGCUAGUGGGGGCGCUGAUCGAGUCGCUCUCCUUCCGCAGCUGCGGGUUCGGCCGCGCCGCGGCGUCCGCGUUCGAGAAGGAGGACCUCCGCACCCGCGCCACUCUCCCGCACCGGCUCCGCGCCGCCGUGCACGCAGCGCUGCGCGCCAGGGACCCCGCGGCGAGGGCGUUCGCGCUCGACGGCGGCGGCGAUGGCGCAGUUUCCAACCCGUGGUUCGACGCCGCGGCGCACGACGACGCGCCCGAGUCACCACUCGUCGCGUUCGUCAACCCGCGCAGCGGCGGACGCCUCGGCCCCGUCCUCAAGACCCGCCUCCAGGAUCUCAUCGGCGAAGACCAGGUUUUUGAUCUUACUGUUGUGAAGCCUUCUGACUUUGUGGAAUAUGCUUUGGCUUGUUUGGAACAACUUGCUGACUCUGGGGAUCAUAGUGCAAGGUCCGUUCGCCAAAAUCUGAGAGUCAUGGUUGCAGGAGGUGACGGUACAGUAGGUUGGGUGUUGGGGUGUUUAGGAGAACUAUAUGUUCAGAACAGGGAACCUGUUCCUCCAGUUGCUGUCAUACCACUCGGAACUGGAAAUGAUCUCUCCAGAAGCUUUGGUUGGGGUGCUUCAUUUUCUUUCUCAUGGAAAGCAGCUGCCAAACGAUCUCUCUACAAGGCCAUUUUUGGCUCAGUUUCUUGUUUAGACAGUUGGCAUGUUGUUGUUUCGAUGCCGGAUGGUGGAGAAGAAGAAGAAGAAUUGGACCUCCCUCACUCCCUUAGGCAUCUCGGAGAGUGUACAUUUUAUGAUGAUGGCAUUGCUGAGGGAGAGUUGCCUGAGACUGUGUCCUGCUUUGAUGGUGUCUUCUAUAAUUACUUCAGCAUAGGAAUGGAUGCUCAAGUUGCUUAUGGAUUUCAUCAUUUGCGUGACGAGAAGCCAUUCCUUGCAAGUGGACCUUUAUCUAAUAAGUUAAUUUACGCAGGAUAUACCUGCAAGCAAGGAUGGUUCUUUACUCAGUGUAUUAGUGACCCUGAACUAAGGGGAUUGAGGAACAUUAUCCGUUUAUCAAUCAAGAAGAUGGACAGCUCUGAGUGGGAGAACAUUCCUGUACCAUCGAGUGUCAGGGCUAUUGUUGCAUUAAACCUUCACAAUUACGCAAGCGGAAGAAACCCAUGGGGAAACUUGAAGCCUGAAUAUUUGGAGAAAAGAGGAUUUGUUGAAGCUCAAUCAGAUGAUGGUCUUCUCGAAAUAUUUGGAUUGAAGCAAGGAUGGCAUGCAUCUCUCGUGAUGGUUGAACUUAUAUCUGCGAAGCACAUAGCUCAGGCUGCAGCAAUCCGAAUAGAGAUCAAAGGUGGCCAAUGGCAGGACGCAUUCAUGCAAAUGGAUGGGGAGCCAUGGAAACAACAACUUAGCUCUGAAUAUUCGACAUUUGUUGAUAUAAAAAAGGUGCCUUACCCUUCACUGAUAAUCAACGGUGGAGAUCGUUAGCGGGAACCCAGACUUGGUGUCACCCUAGCUGGAGCAGGCAAGAAAUUUUUUCAGCUUCCAAGCUUGGGAGCUCGAUGAAUCCAGGCACAAUCUUGAUCACGGUUGCCCAAAAUCGUAACUGUAUAUUGAGUUGAGGAUGUACUUGGAACAACGGAAUGCAAUGGUGUCUGUGUUUUGACCGCGCUUCUUAACUGAAGUUCUGUGUGCUGCAUGACGCUACUGUUGGAUAUAUUUGGUAAUUUGAGGACGAUAUUGUUGACCCUGCUGGUUGCUACCUGGUGCAAAUAUAAGUGAGAUACAAUUUGUUA